GCGGGGCCUGGCCGCGCGGCGGCGGAGACGCCACGUCGUGCGCGGGAUGGGGGCGGGGCGAGCGGCGAAGAUGGCGGCCGGGAUCCGGGAGAAGCAGGCGGUGGCUUUGAAGCGUAUGUUAAAUUUUAAUGUUGCUCCUGUUAAAAACAGCACAGGAGAACCAGUAUGGAAGGUUCUAAUAUACGACAGAUUUGGCCAAGAUAUAAUCUCUCCUUUGUUGUCAGUGAAAGAGCUGAGAGACAUGGGCAUCACUUUACAUCUGCUUCUGCAUUCUGAUCGAGAUCCUAUUCCAGAUGUUCCUGCUGUAUACUUUGUAAUGCCAACUGAAGAAAAUAUUGACAGAAUGUGCCAGGAUCUUCGAAAUCAGCUUUAUGAAUCUUAUUAUUUAAAUUUCAUUUCUGCCAUUUCAAGAAGUAAACUGGAAGAUAUUGCAAAUGCUGCCUUAGGUGCUAAUGCAGUAACACAAGUUGCUAAGGUCUUUGAUCAAUAUCUCAAUUUUAUAACAUUGGAAGAUGAUAUGUUCCUAUUGUGCAAUCAAAACAAAGAGCUCAUUUCAUAUCGUGCCAUUAGCAGACCAGAUAUAACAGAUACUGAAAUGGAGACAAUUAUGGACACCAUUGUUGACAGUCUUUUCUGCUUUUUUGUUACACUUGGAGCUAUUCCUAUAAUCAGAUGUUCAAGAGGAACUGCAGCAGAAAUGGUGGCAGUGAAGUUGGAUAAGAAGCUCAGAGAGAACUUAAGAGAUGCCAGAAACAGUCUUUUCACAGGGGAUACACUUGGGGCUGGACAGUUCAGUUUCCAAAGGCCUUUAUUAGUCCUUGUUGACAGAAAUAUAGAUUUAGCAACUCCACUUCACCAUACUUGGACAUACCAAGCCUUAGUGCAUGAUGUACUGGAUUUCCAUUUGAAUAGAGUGAACCUGGAAGAACCUUCAGGAAUGGAAAAUUCUCCAGCAGGAGCUAGACCAAAGAAAAAAAAUAAAAAGUCAUAUGACUUAACUGCAUUGGAUAAAUUUUGGCAAAAGCACAAAGGCAGUCCUUUUCCAGAAGUAGCAGAGUCUGUUCAGCAAGAACUGGAAUCCUACAGAGCUCAAGAAGAUGAAGUCAAAAGGCUUAAAAGUAUCAUGGGAAUAGAAGGGGAGGAUGAUGGAGCAAUAAGUAUGCUUUCUGAUAAUACAGCUAAGCUAACUUCAGCUGUUAGCUCUCUUCCAGAACUUCUUGAAAAGAAGAGGCUCAUUGAUCUUCAUACAAAUGUUGCAACUGCUGUUUUGGAACAUAUAAAGGCACGUAAGCUAGAUGUGUAUUUUGAAUACGAGGAAAAAAUAAUGAGCAAGUCCACUCUGGAUAAAUCUCUUUUGGACAUGAUAUCUGACCCAGAUGCGGGAACUCCAGAAGACAAGAUGCGGUUGUUUCUUAUUUAUUACAUAAGUUCAACUCAGGCACCCUCAGAGAUUGAUUUGGAGCAGUACAAAAAGGCAUUGACAGAUGCAGGGUGUAAUCUGGCUCCCUUGAACUACAUAAAACAAUGGAAGGCUUAUACCAAGAUGGCUUCAGCUCCAACAAGCUAUGGAAACACUACAGCUAAACCACUGGGUCUGUUUUCACGUGUUAUGAAUACUGGAUCACAGUUUGUAAUGGAAGGAGUAAAGAACUUGGUAUUGAAGCAGCAAAACCUACCAGUCACACGUAUCCUGGAUAACCUUAUGGAGAUGAAGUCAAAUCCUGAAACAGAUGACUACAGAUAUUUUGAUCCCAAGAUGCUGCGAGGAAGUGACAGCUCAGUUCCAAGAAACAAAAGUCCAUUCCAGGAGGCAAUUGUGUUUGUAGUGGGAGGAGGCAACUAUAUUGAAUAUCAAAAUCUUGUUGAUUACACAAAGGCAGUUAUAAGAAAAGCAAAGGGAAAAAAACACCCCAAAGAUUCACAAAGCUGCCAAAGGGAGUAAUGGUGUAGUCAUCUCAGCUCCACUCAAAGCUCAGGGGUCAGAGCACUUGCCCAAUAUGUGAGUGUCUUGAAUUUUCAGUUCCCUGCUCUACCAGAGGGAAUUUGAUCCCCCUACAUCCCAUGUCCUAGCAGCUGCCCUUAGCUGCUAGUAAAACCCUAUAAUGCAAUCACUUCACUGUGAAGUAUCCUACAGGGAAGGGGUGGCCAGUACAUAUGCCACAAUUGGUGUAGCAGCUGCAGUGUGUGGCACACAAGCCCUGGGCACUCGGUAAAGGAGCCACCAGAAUGGAGGCAGGGAGCAGAGUGCUCUGUGAAGUGGAACUGGACAGGAUGCUGCUGUAAGAGGUGUCACUGCCAAGAGCCAGGGUAACCCUCCCCUGGCCCUCCAGUUGCCACCAAACACAAGGUGUUGGAUCCUCACUCAUUAUAUAAAUCUGCAGCAGUUGCAGAGCCAGGGAAGGAUUACUCUGGUUCUUGACAGUGAUACCUCCUCUUGCAAUAGUGCGCUCUCCCCCAGUCUCCUCUGCACAGCUACAGUUGAAGGCUCAAGACCCCCACCUCCAUUCUGGGGCCCAAGGUUACAGGCUCUCAUCAGGGAUGCCUCUUGGGGGUGGGGAUCCAAGCAACCCUCAGGGAGGGGUGGGGUUUAACUUGAAUCAGUGCUCUCAGGUAUUAUGGUGUGAGUUGUGUUCUUUCUGUUGAUGCUGUUCCACCUUGUAUAAAUGAUUUAAUGUUCAUGAGAGCAGGAACUAGAGUAUUCUGCUGUCCAGCAAGUCAUAUGCUAUACUCUCCGUCUCAGUGAAUAUUUAAAUAAUUCACAGAGAGAGGAACAACUCUAUCCUAAAAGCUGGUUUUCACUAACCAUCCCUUUCUUUUGUCUGAUGUAAGGCAGGCCUUAGAAUCAAGAUAGCCAGUCUUGAAGUAUUCAAUUUCAAAUACUUGAAUAUUAAUCGAGACAAAGCAAAAGAGAGAAAGCAACUAUUGCACGUGGUGUUAGGAUACUUAUUUGAGUGUCAGGAUCUCUGGAUUUCCACGCUGUUCCAAUGAAUGUUUAAUUAUAUGUAUAUAAUUAUUACACACACACAUACACACAACGCAGAACAGCUUCAGGAUGGCUGAAACUGCAUUUUGCAGUGAAUUUACUGCUUGGUGAGACAACUAUCCACCAAGUUUCAGUUAUGUAGAUUUAGUUGGAUUAUAUUUUAAUAAGACAAUCUGUUUUUAUAUAUUAACUCAGACAUUAUCUAAGGAACUACGUCUACCAUAAUCUAUAUGAAGUAAAGUAUGGUAACAUAUAGGCAUUAAGUUUCUACUGCGAAAGUCACCACUCUUCCAUUAGAAAUUGCCAGCAUCCAGGCAUUCAUUCAGUUUCUUAGAUGGAAACAUGCCCUAUCCACAAGAAAGAUCUUCCACUUCGACAUCUGGAAGAUGUCCCCUGUUUGAAGGGGGACUCAGAUCUGGGAAUGGUGUGGGGGGAAUGUAGCUACAACUUAAGUUCCAUUACUCCAUUCCUCUAUUCCUAGCAUCAUCUAUUCUCAUUUAUGUAGAAAUGGAUAAGGAAAAUGUUUGUUUGUAAGGUAUAUUAUACUCCAGUGGCAUAGAUGGGCCAUGUGUCACAAAAUGUUUAAUUAUAAUCUGUAUUUGCUACCUCGAUAUUGUCAUAAAUCUGGGUUUUAAAUCCUCAGAUAAAUCAGAGGUGGCCAACCUGCAAUAUGUUUGCCACAAGUUUUAUGGGUGGCUCUGUGUGUGGCAUGUGGCAGAUUGGGGUGGGGACAGACAGCAGAUAGGGUAGAAAGCAGAGCAGCAGAUUGGGCAAGAAAGGGGAUCAGAGUGGCAUUUGGGUUGGGUGUGGGGCUAAUUUUUGGCAUGUCUUCCAAAAAUGUUAGCCCCCACUGAAUUAAAUCGUGGUACUUUAAUAUCAGAUCACCUUAAGGCAGAAAACUACUCAAGCUUUAUUUUUUUUAGUGAAGUUCAACCAUAAUACAGGUUUCCCUCGCUUUAUGCAGGUUCUGUAUAUGCGAAUUUGCUCUUAUGCAAUGACCCUUUUUAUACCCAGAAUUUGUUAUAUGCAAGGUAAACUCACUCUAAUGUGAUCUGCAGCAGGUAAGUCUGGGGGGAGGGGAAAGGGCCAUUGGCAGGGGAGCAGAUCAAGGUCCCAGUGGUGAGGAAGGGAACAGGGCACAUUGGCAGGGGAGCAGAUCGAGGUCUCAGUGAUGAGGAGCAGGGACUGGAGUGAGUGGGGCCUUGAUCUGCACCCCCACCGGUGGUGAGGGAGGGAGUGGGGCUGGGGCUGCCGCUGUGGGCUGGACUGGGGGCUGUGCCAGACUGCGCUUGGGGCAAGUGGCAGCAGUGCCAGGAGGGGGCUGCAGCCACCCCAAUAUUCACCAUAGCCCCCUAACACGCCCCCCCCCCCACCCCGCAAGCGCCGCUGUUACCUGCUCUGAGUGCAGCAUGGCCCCCAACACCCCGCCAGGAAAAACCUAGUGCAGCCCACAGCAGCAGCCUGUAGCAGCAGGAGCCGCACCCCCCGUCCCAUGCCCCACCCCAGCUGUGCAGCGCCUACCUCUACCCCCAGACCAUUCCCUCCCUCACCACCAGCAUGGGGGCAGAUCAAGGCCCCACUCACCCCAGCCCCUGGGGCCAGGCUUUUUCCAGUGGGGGGGUUGGGCCGUGCUAUGCUCAGGGUAGGCAGUGGUGGUGCUGGGAGGAGGGUUGGGGGGCUAUGGCAAAUUUUGAGGUGGCUGCAGCCCCCCUAUAGUCCCUCCCCAUAGCUGUCUGCCCCAAGCACAGCCCAGCCCCCGCUGGGAAGAAUCCAGUGCCACCCUGGCCCCAGCAGACUUACCUGUUGCUGAUGCAGGCAAGGUUUUGGAACAUAUCCCUAUUUGUUACCCUGUAAAGGGUUCCUUUUAUGUGCAUUUGAGUUAUACACAGCUUUUCAGGAACACAUCUAUUGCAUAAUGCGAGGAAACCUGUAUAUGCAGGUGUGUUUCCCACUACACCCCUUAAAAACUGAUCCCAUAGAUUUUUCUCUAAUUUCAGUUACAUGUUGUACAGUAGAUUUAAAUAUGUAAAGAAUGCCAUGUCACUGCUUUCUGACUCUCCCCUCAUUUUCUCAUGUCUUCCAUUUAAUCAGUAUGGUUUCUUUCCAAUUAAGGUGUCUACUUUUCUUGUCUGGACCAGCAAUGAAUGAUUAACAGUAAAAGAAUAAGUUCUUUCAAAUGACCUCUGUUGUUGUUCUUCACGCAACUAAUUAUUUAAAUGUUUUAUUGACAUUUGAUCUCUUCCCUAUCUUUGCUU